UUUUGGAGAAUAAGAUCUUGGUCUAGAUGAGAUACUUUAAAAAUGUUAGAAAAGUUAUUUUGGAUCAGACUACUAUUCACACAUCUUUUUUCUGCUUUUGCUUAUCAUAUUGGGCCAUUUACUAUAAUGCAGUGGACUUUUCUUUUCACUCUGUUUUUUUCAUCAAAUACACAGAAAAAUUUACCUGUACACCCAUAAUUUGCCUUGUACCCUAAAAAAAAUUCAAAAUGUCAAAAAAAAUUCAGUUGGUCCAAGUUUUCCAGUAACUUCUAGAAAACAUUUUAGAAGAUUUUCGGUACACAGUCUAUUUUUGGAAAACUUUUUUUAAGUUUUUCGAUACAAAAAGUUAAUAUCGGAAAACUUAAAACAAAGUUUUUUUCAGUACAAGAGGGAAAAAUUGUAUACCAGAAACCUUCAUUCACAAGUUCUCCGGUACAGUAGUUGUUUCCGAAAAACUUCAUAUACAAGUUUUUCGAUACAAACCUAUUCUUUUAAAUUUAUUUUCUUUUAAGUUUUUUGAAUUUUAUUAAUUUUUUAAAAUGUUAACAGAUAUGGAUAAACCGCUACUAUUAAUGGAUAAAACAUACGUCGAUACUACAAAUGUUUUUGACACAUAUCAGAUAUUUGAUACAAGAGACGCUGUUGUGAAUUGGGCAAAAGAAAUCGGUUUAAAAAAUAAAGUUACUAUUAUUAUCAGAAGAUUAUAUAUAGAGACGGGAGAGAAAGAAAGGAGAAAUAAAUUAAUAUUAGGUUGUGGCAAAGGAGGAAAAUAUAAGUAUGCUGCUAGUUCAACUCGAAAUUCAAAAAAAAAGUGUGAUUGUCAUUUCAAGCUUAGAUCAAAACCAUUAAAAGAUGGUUCAGGAUGGACAAUUAAAGUAAUUUGUGGAAUUCACAACUAUGAAUCACCUGAUACUUUGGAGGGGCAUGCAUUUGUUCGAUGCUUAGAUGAAGAAGAAAGAAAGCAUGUUCAUGAUUUAACAAAAUAUAAUGUUGCACUGAGACACAUAUUACUCUCAUUGCAAGACCGAAAUAAGAGUAAUGUUACUAAGAUCUCACAAAUAUAUAAACAGAUGAGUAUGAUUCGAUUGCACGUGAGAGGUAAUAGAACAGAGAUGCAACAUUUAUUCAAGUUAAUUGAAGAUGCAAAAUAUGUGUGUUGGAAUAGAAAGCGUGAAAACUCUGAUUUUAUGAGAGAUAUUUUUUGGGCGCAUCCAGAUUCAGUGAAAUUGUUGAAUUUGUUUCCGAUUAUGUUGAUUAUGGAUAUUACCUACAAAACCAAUAAAUACGUAAUGUAAUUACUUGAAAUUAUUGGUAUGACAUCAACAGAGAAGACAUUUAUAGUUGGAUUUGCUUAUUUGGAAUGUGAGCAGGAAGAAAACUUUUGUUGGCCAUUAGAGAUACUAAGAGAUUUGUUUGUUACACAAAACAAAUUUCCUCAAGUAAUUGUGACAAAAAAUGCGUUCAUGGAUAAAUGGUUGUCCAUAUCUGAUAUGGGUUACGUGAUAAAUGAUUGUCCAUACCUGAUAUGAGUUACGUGAUAGCGACAACAUAUAAUAUUAUUCUUGUCACAUAUGGUCAGACAUUUUCCAUGACUUUCUUUCCUAUGAGAGAUUCACAUUCAGGAUCGACAAAAAAUGAUCGCAUUUGUUGUAUUGGUUUUAUUAAUGGAAAUUGCUGGGUUCCGUUAAAGAUGAAAGAUGGAUUUUCAAUGUCAGACAUUGCACCAAGUUGGAAGCAAUAUCGCACUGAUGAAGCAACUUCUUAGACAAUAGCAUAUAUAUAACGUCUACAACAGUGGGGGUAUUUAUUAGGUCGGUUGUCACAUGUUACCCAAAAUUCACCUAGGGAACUCGUAGAUGCAAUGUCAUUAGACGAAGCUUAAUGCUUUAAAAUUGAUACAAAAUCAUUUGUUAUUAAUUAA